GGCUUUUCAAAAUCAUUUCCCUCCUUUCUAAAAUUUCAAAUCUCCAAACUCUGGUCCCUAAUGGCUCGUACGAAGCAGACAGCGAGGAAAUCCACCGGAGGUAAGGCUCCGAGGAAGCAAUUGGCUACGAAGGCGGCCCGGAAGUCUGCUCCAGCGACCGGAGGCGUGAAGAAGCCUCACCGAUUCAGGCCAGGAACGGUCGCUCUGAGGGAAAUCAGGAAGUAUCAGAAGAGUACCGAGCUUCUGAUCCGUAAGCUUCCUUUCCAACGUUUGGUUCGUGAGAUCGCUCAGGAUUUCAAAACUGACCUUCGUUUCCAGAGCUCCGCAGUUUCAGCACUUCAGGAAGCUGCAGAGGCUUAUCUGGUCGGGCUAUUUGAAGAUACCAACCUCUGCGCUAUUCAUGCGAAGAGAGUUACGAUUAUGCCGAAAGACAUCCAACUUGCACGUCGGAUUCGGGGCGAGCGUGCUUGUUUUUCUGGAAUAAGCUUCAAUCUCCUCUCCUGCAAUGCCAGAAUCAAGCUCUACGAAGAUAAAGUUGCACUGCUCCAGUUUUCAUUUACAGCAGUUUUGCAUUUUCGGCUCCGAGGCUUGGGUUAUUCAUUCUCUAUAAUGGCUCGUACGAAGCAGACUGCAAGGAAAUCUACCGGAGGAAAGGCCCCGAGGAAGCAAUUGGCUACCAAGGCGGCCCGGAAAUCUGCACCGGCGACUGGAGGCGUGAAGAAACCCCACCGAUUCAGGCCAGGAACGGUGGCUCUGAGGGAGAUUAGGAAGUAUCAGAAGAGUACUGAACUUCUGAUCCGUAAGCUUCCAUUCCAGCGUUUGGUUCGUGAGAUCGCCCAAGAUUUCAAAACUGAUCUACGAUUCCAGAGCUCAGCUGUUUCAGCACUUCAGGAAGCUGCAGAGGCCUAUCUGGUUGGACUCUUUGAAGAUACCAACCUCUGUGCAAUUCAUGGGAAGAGGGUUACAAUUAUGCCCAAAGAUAUCCAGCUUGCUCGUCGGAUUAGGGGUGAGCGUGCUUAGAUGUGUCGCUGCAUGUUGUUUUUGUUGGUGGAUAUGACAUACUGAUGUUGUAUAGUGAAGUGUCUGGGACUAGGGUUUCAUUCUGCAGGUCUUUCCUCUCUUUUAUCCUUUUCAGGGUAGAUGGAGUUCUGUAGUCUGGCUGGUUUUAAGUGCUUAAUGGAAAUUUUAGAUCUUGAGCAAAUUGCU